GUCCCCGCCCCACCCCUGCGGCGCCGCUCCGGAGCCAUGGUGCCUGUCCCGGGAGCCCGGUGGCCUGGCCGGGACCCCGCUUCCGAGGGUCGGGAGGAGCCGGGCAGCCCGCAGUUCUCGUCCUCCGAGUCCUCGCGGUGGCUGGCCGCGAGCCCGGGGGCGGGCGCCUCGCCGCUGCGCCUGGCGGGGUGGGGCGGGAUGGCGGCGUCCGCGUGGCUGGAGGCCGGCCUGGCCCGGGUGCUCUUCUACCCGACGCUGCUCUACACGGUGUUCCGCGGGAGGGUGAGCGGCCCGGCCCACCGCGACUGGUACCACCGCAUCGACCGCACGGUGCUGCUGGGCGCGCUGCCGCUGCGGAGCAUGACGCACCGGCUGGUAGUGGACGAGGACGUGCGCGGGGUGAUCACCAUGAACGAGGAGUACGAGACGAGGUUCCUGUGCAACACCUCGAAGGAAUGGAAGCAAGCAGGAGUUGAGCAGCUCCGGCUCAGCACAGUUGACAUGACUGGGGUCCCCACGCUGGCCAAUCUCCACAGAGGAGUCCAGUUUGUUCUCAAGUACCAGUCACUGGGCCAGUGUGUCUACGUGCACUGUAAGGCUGGGCGAUCCAGAAGUGCCACGAUGGUGGCGGCGUACCUUAUUCAGGUGCACAACUGGAGCCCAGAGGAAGCUAUAGAAGCCAUCGCCAAAAUCCGGUCACACAUCUCCAUCAGACCUAACCAGCUGCAAAUUCUCAAAGAGUUUCACAAGGAGAUUGCUGCAAGGGCAGCAAAGAAUAACUGAUGGCAUUGGUCAUACUGGCAUAUCAAGACUAUGAAGGCUGUGGAUCACUAAGAACUUGGCUCUUCCCAAGUAAAAAGUUUAAAGGACAAGGGGGCUUAAGCUAGGACAACACCCCAAAUAUGCUGAGUAAUAGAUAAUGUGCCUCCUUUGCCUUCCUUCCCUGAAAUAACACUGUUGGAUGGCUACAGAGAACAAGAUUGUCUGGCUAAAUCUUAUUUUCUUCAACAGGGUCAAGGCAAUAGUAAUUUUAACAGAAUCUAUUGUGUAUCUAAUGACUGUGUAAUGGCACCAUAACAAAGACGUUUAAUGCUAGAAAAGGAAAGAAUAAAUACUCAGGUCUGUUCUUUGUUA